AUGGCUUCCGACAUUGCGCAACCAGAGCUCAUCAAGCCGUCACUACCGACUGAUGCGCCCAUCGUCAAUGGCGACCAUGACCUUGACCACAACAUGGAGAACGGCGAACACAACAGCGACCAAAACGCGACUGCGUUUGUGGAGAACGGCGCCAUUUCCAAGACAGAUCCUGUGCUCGACAUCAACAACAUCACCGCGGAUUCUAACACUGCUGAGCCGACACCAGUCGAAGAUGUUGCGCCAGGGAUUGCGCCGGUGUCAGACUUCAUUCCCAAGGACGCACCUACCUCUCAUCCGACGCCGCCACCCGAUGAGCCUCUCGCCACUUCAGAAGCUAACGUCGACACAGAGAUGCAGACAGUAGAGGAGCCAGCAAAAGUGGAAGCAGAUCCAGAGCCUGUCGCGCCAGCAGCACCCGCAGAGCCGAGUCUGGUGCGACCCAGGGAGGAUGACGACGAGGACGAGGAACCCGCAGCGAAGCGUAACAAGGUCGAGGAUGUGCCUAUGCCGGACGCGAAGCCUGACCCGGUACCUGCAGUCAACGAGACCAAUGCACAGCAGCCAGAGCCAGAGCCAGAGCAGACCGCAAAUCCACGCGAAGCUGCUGAACCGGAACCGACUGAGCAGGCAGCACCAGCUGCGCAAUCUACUUCUGCUGACACGAAUGUGCCACCCGCUACCGCUCCUCAGACAGAUGCUACCAAAGACGCGCCACUCGAUGGCACACCUCUAGCGACCACAGAGGGAGGAGAACCAGUAGAGGCGAAGCCAGUGGUCCCCGACGCGAAGCCAGCAGAUGCAUCGGAGCCUGUGAAAGCUGCUGAGACUGCGCCACCCAAGCAUCAAUACUGCAAGGAUCCCAUGACCACGUCGCAGAUGAAAUUCUUGUCGGAGAAGAUGAAGAACCUCAAGAAGACCAAGAACUCCGUGGCCUUCCUUAAUCCAGUGGAUCAUGUGGCUCUCAACAUCCCGACAUACCCUGAUAUUGUCAAGCACCCCAUGGAUCUCAAUACAAUGGAGUCCAAGCUGAAGUCGAACAAGUACAAUAACGUCCAAGAGUUCGCGGACGACUUCGACCUAAUUAUCAGUAAUACGCGGAAGUUCAACGGAGAUAACCAUCUAAUUACUCAAGCCGGUUUCUCCAUGGAAGCGUACUUUCGCAAGAUGAUGGAGACCGUCCCAAGCGCGACUCAUGCAGCUCCAUCGAAGGUUCAGGCCAAGAAGGCUUCGCCGAAGCCUCCCCCACCUUCUGCUCGCAGAGAGUCACGGUCGGCGAAUCAUGCGCCGGGAAUGACUUAUCAAACGUCCGGAGCUGGCGCAGCAGAUGCCUUUGCGCUUCAGCCUGACGGUACUCCACAGAUCCGCCGAGAUUCCACAAUCAAUCGACCUGCCCGAACAAUCAAGCCACCUCCAGCUCGCGAACUUGCGUAUGCCAAGCCAAAGCGCAAGGAGCACCAGCUUGAGCUGAAGUUUUGCGAACAUAUUCUCGAAGAGCUUCGUUCUCCGAAGUACGGCCAGGUCAAUCACGUCUUCCUCGCACCGGUAGAUCCAGUGGCAUUAAACAUCCCGCACUAUCGACAGAUCGUCAAAUCUCCCAUGGACCUCUCCACUAUGGCGCAGAAGCUCAAGCAGGGCCAGUACGGCAAGGCCAACGAGUUCAAGAAGGAUUUCGAGCUUAUGAUUCAGAACUGUCUCGCCUUCAACCCGGCCGGCAACGUCGUUCGCGACCUUGGAGUCCAGUUCAAGCGCCACUUCGAUGCCUUGUGGCAAGAAAAGGAUAAGUGGGAGAAGAAGCGCAAAGCUGAUACUCAGCGCGCGACCUCGGCCUCAGCUGAAGAGGAUAGCGUCGACGAAGAUGAGGAAGAAGAGGAAGAAGAGGCUCCUGACGAUCCAGCUGGAACCAUUCGCGCACUUCAGAAGCAGCUUGCCGAGAUGCAAAAUGCUUUGGCUGGCUUGAAUCAGCAGGGGAAGAAGCCCAACAAGAAGGCUAAGGCUCCAAAGCCAACAACCAAGAAGCCUGAGCGAGUCCACGCACCUCCCAGAUCGAGACCAGCUCCAGUAAAGGCCAAAGCAUCCAAGAAGGUCCGCCAAGUGACAUAUGAAGAGAAGCAAGAAAUCUCAGAAGCAGUCGGCAAGAUGGACGACGGCCAGGUCGCAGAGCUUACACGCAUCAUCACAGAGAACUGCCAGAAGUACCGGGACCAGGAGGAGAUGGAGCUGGAGAUCGAUGACCUUCCGAACGAUGUGCAGUCCAUGCUCCUCAAGUAUGUUCGUAGUCUCUUCGGUAACCCAAACAAGGGUCGCGCAGUGUCUCCAGACGAUGCGGCCGCCAUGGACGACGAUGACUUCGAACCAGAGCGCGGCGCGCGUCGUGGCGGCGGCGGCGGGGGUGGUGGAGGCGGGGGUGCCGCGCCCAAGAAGAAGAAGCACAAGCCGAUGGGCAAGGACCAGCAGACUGCGGCGAUUGAGGAUCUUCAAAAGCAAUUAGCGCAAUUCAACCAGCCCGGUGUAAGCGCCAGCCAGAGCCCUACGGCGUCCAACAACUACGCCAUGGCAGAGGACACAUCCGGCGAUGAUGACAGCGAGGAGUCGGAGGAGGAGUAG